AUGAGAGGCUCCCACAUGCGCGUAGAGAAGCGGUCGCUCGUCAAUCCCGCCAGCACCAACGAGCCGGUCAAGAGGCGCGCCCCGUACGCCCCCCGAGCCUGUGAUGUCUGCCGGCGUCGCAAAGGUCGCUGUGAUGGCCAGAAGCCUUGCGAAUACUGCCACUCCCGGGCAAUGGAUUGCUGCUAUAGCGACGGCAAUGCCUUGCGACAUGACAGCCAAAACCACGAUGACCAGGCACUCGACAACGUGACAAACGACACCCAGACUCACGAUAGCCAAGCCCACCUCAUGCCCUCCACAGAGCCAGACGGCAGCGCUCCACAAGCUCCACGCGCUCCACAAGAGCCGGCGGUGGCAUGGACACCAGAAGCUCUGAGCACCGUCAUUGCAAACAUGCAAGUGCAACUCAACGCUCUCAUGACCCAUGCCAGGAUUGCCACUGAAGCACAAAGUCCGGAGCGGCCCCGAACGAUGCCUACACCUGUCAGCAACUCAUUAAACAACAGUGUGCCACCUGGACCCGGGGCCAAAACUUCGCUGACGGCACCCUCGCCCACAGCCGACAUCCGGCUUCGAAGUUCUGUCCGACGGUUUUACGGACCGACGAGCCCUGACUACAGCCUCAACGCAGCACUCAUCAGGCUUGAGCAGAGAAAUUCCAACGAUUCUGGGACUGAAAUCGACGAUCAGAGAGUGCCCGGUAUUGUCGACAGCCAGAGUGACGACGAAGACCCAACCGGGGGGGCGGACAGCAGUGAUGCAGUGAUAUCUUCCAAUAAUCGGAGGCGACAAGCCCUGUCAAAACUCCGAACCCUGCUAUCCAAGCCAGAGGCUACGCGACUACUCUACGUUUAUCAAGAUGCUAUUGGAGAGAUUCAUCCAAUCUGCGACAUUGCAUCCCUCGUAGAGCAAACUGAAGCUUUCUACAAUACCUCAGAUACCGAUGCAGAAUGGAGGAGCUACGCUGAUCCACUCAACGAGGAAAACAAUCUGCUGAUUGUCAACCUCGCUAUUUCUAUUGCUCUAUUGGCCGAGUCGGGUUCCCAGUCCGAACUGGGGAAGGCUCUUUUCGAAAGCUGUCGAGACUUGAUCAAUGCCAAGCUCGCGGCGCCGGCCACAGGCAUCAAGAGCGUCACCGUCGUGCUUUUAGCUGGCUUCUAUCAUUACUUUGGGGGAUGUCUGACGCUGGCAUGGCGCAUGUGCGGGUCCGCGGGACGGAUGGCUAUGGAACUCGGGCUUCAUAGCGGAGUCGUCUCGCGACAUUAUCCCGAGUCGGAUCGGCGACGUGCCGAGGUUAUAACCAUAUCAUGCAGUUUAGCCAUCCUCGAUCGCCAGUGGAGUGCAGCCGCUGGACUACCACCCCACUUCCAAGAGUCCGUUUUUGAGCUUGCGCAGGCAUCAUUGGUCCAAUCGCCCUAUCUCAAGGCCAUGAUGACAUUCACGCUCAUGAGCUACAAAUUUAACGAGCCAAUUUCCCGUGCCGCAAAUGGUGGCUCCUGCGAGGAUGACGACGCUUUUGAGGUGACCAACAUUCAGAUCGAACAGUGGAGGAAAAAGGCUCUCGAGGAACAAGGUUUCGUUCACCCACGCUUAUGGCACUCGAUGGCCACGAUGAUCCCCUUGUCGUGGACUACAAUGUUAUAUCUCCGGGCCAAUGCGGUGCGAAUCAUACUACUAAGGUCAUUGUUUCUCUCAACCUCGAAUCGGGCUGCUUGCAGGUGCAAAGUCCAGCCCGCGCUGGAACUUAUAUCCGACUCCAUCAACGUCAUCUCUAUAUUGGACCACACCACGGAUGUGUACAGAAAGCAACAUCCCCUCUUUCAACACUUCCUUGCUUCAGCUUGCGCGUUGCUAUUUCUCAUUAUUGCAUAUACCAAUGAGACGGGCGCCGCAUCCUCGACCAACUUUCCUGUUGAUUUUGCUGACUCGAUCAAUCGCAACUUUAUGAAGGCCUUGAGUCUAUCCUCCUCUUAUAGCAACCUGUCUCAGUCAUCUCACAAGCUCUGGAAGCGACUGGCAUCUUUGCGAGAAACUUUGUGUCACAUGGACAUUCUGUCUCGUGAGGAAGCUUUCGGUGCUCUAGGCAAUGCCGUGUCCAGGACAGACCAGACACCUCCGUUCCAAAACCAGGCCAGCAGUGGGUUCAUGGACAGAGGCUCAAACAAGCACCAACUUGCAUCCCCAAGCACAUCCUUGAACAACUCGAUGAUGUACGAAACUGGAUUCUUCGGUGACACGAGACGUGGCUUGGACAACGCAGAUAGUCUUGGGGUUGGCGCUUUUGACAAGUCAAUGUCAUUGUUUGACCCAUUACUCUUUCAGUGGCCACUAGCUGAGACUGACACAUUCUUUUCCGAGGCUGGGUUUUAA